AUUGAUAUAGCAGAAACUCAAAAUUUUAAAAUUGUAUUCUUACCCUUCACCUACACAUCCGGAUAUCCUACACCAGACCAACAACAGUUUCCAAAUUUCGUCGGAUCACCUAUCCAACAACGCUCACAAAACCAUAUAUUUACAGCUGGUGGUGCUCUUUUUCCCAUGAAUGAUCGUUUUAACUUGGUCGACGCUCCUGCCGAUCCUGCUUUCAAUCCUACCGGUCCUGCAUUCAAUUAUACUGUUAGCGAUCGUUUUUCUUCCAUCAAUAAUGGUUCUGCAUUGGUCAAAAUGACGGAUAAAAGGGCAAC